GGCGACCCGCGAGGCGGCGGCCGGCGCCGGGAGAGCCGAGAUGGACAGGUACCAGAGGGUGGAGCGGCCGCGGCCCGAGUCCGCCAUCGCCGAGAACGAGAUCCGAAUCACCGCACAGGGGCUUAUCCGCAACUACGUCUCCUACGCCACAUCCCUCCUCCAGGAUCGAAAGAUUAAGGAGAUUGUUCUGAAAGCCAUGGGACAGGCAAUCAGCAAGUCCGUUGCUGUCACAGAGAUUAUCAAGAAAAGGAUCCCUGGGUUGUACCAAGAUACCAACAUCAGUUCUGUCAGCAUAACUGAUGUCUGGGAACCUAUUGAAGAAGGCCUUGUCCCAUUGGAGAUGACUCGACAUGUUUCGAUGAUUUCAAUAACUUUGUCUCCAGUAGAUCUGGACCAGAACUCUCCAGGGUAUCAAACCCCAUCUUAUGUUGAGCAACCCAGGCAACAGCAGCGCCUUCAGCAGGCGCCACCACAGCUGCGUCAACCUCGCCAGCCACCAGCUGAUUAUGAAGAUUCCUAUGCGCGGGGUCGUGGCAGAGGAAGGGUCCGCGGACGUGGUAGGGGUUGGGGUAGAGGAGGUUAUGGUGGAUAUGGAAAUAACCAAGGUGGGUAUAACCAAGGAGGGUACAACCAAGGUGGAUACAAUCAAGGUGGAUACAACCAAGAUGGUGGCUACUAUGAUAAUGGAUACAACCAAGAUGGUGGGUACUAUGAUAAUCAAGGUGGAUAUGGUGGUGGAUAUGGCUACAACCAAGGCCGAGGAAACUACCAAGAAAAUGGUGGAUAUAAUCGAGGACGGGGUGGUAUCCGUGGAAGAGGCAAUUGGAGUUACCGUGGGGGAUAUGAACGCGGCAGAGGUGGUGGUGCUCCAGGCGGGAGGGGAUAUGAAGGUGGAAGGGGAUAUGACCAAGCUCCUGCUGGAAGGGGCUACGGAGGCGGAAGGGGAUAUGACCAAGCUCCUGCUGGUAGGGGUGGAUAUGAAGGCGGAAGGGGAUAUGACCAAGCUCCUGCGGGGAGGGGUGGAUAUGAAGGCGGAAGGGGAUAUGGAAGGGCACGGGGAAGAGUAGCUCGUGGGCGAGGGUACUGAGCAAAGGCAGAAAAUCCAUGGGCUUCUGGUUCUCUAUUUAAAUGCAUGCUUUUAUAAUAUCAGGGGAAAGUGAAGUUAUCCGAGGAAUUUGUGUUGGAAGCUGUUGGUCGUGUGGGUCUUAGUAGUUUCCCCUGAGCGCGAGAUUUCGUUGUGAGCACAAUGCUUUUCCCAAGUUAUCCUGUAAUCAUCUUUCAGUGUUGCUGCUGGCGAGGUUUGCUUGUUUUCCCAAUGGUUAAAGAAUGCUGAGCAUGCAGCUCUAUGUUCAUGCCCGUCGUUAUCUGAUGGAACUAUUACCUUAUUGUUUAUUCUAUUUGUGCA